AUACUCUGGGUGCAGACUGGGAGACUGAGGUCGCUUGUUUGCUUCUGGUGAGCAUAAAAAUAUGGCGAUACACCAACAGAAGUCUGAGUCAAAGGCUCAGCAGUGUACCUGGUCAGUAUCAUGUCAGGCUGCCUCAGCCUCAGGUAUGAGCCAGCAGGAUAAUAACAGGCUUCAAAAAUAAUUUACCUGCGAAUACAGUGGCCUUGAAAGGCAGCAGAAACUGCCUGACUUUAUAGCAAGGCUACUUGUGUGGCUACAUUCUGGUGGGAUCAUGAGGUUACUCACACACACGCACAUGCACACAUACAUACAAAUACACUAUCUCCAAGGCAAAUGAAACAAAGGCACUUCUCCUUUGUUGAAAGCUAAGCGGAAUAGUGUGUUUUAAUGUGGUUGUCAUGGAAAAAAACCUUUUUCAUAUGUAGACAGAGGGACUCAGAAAGCUGGAAUGCUAAACAUAGCCAGUGCUGAAAUGUUGAACUAAAUGAUGCCUCUGCCAUGGCAACAUUUCAGGUUUCUGCACCUUAUGCACAUCCCUGAUUUCCAUGACAACAUUAUCAAACUCCAUGGAAGCCACAGUAAAUGCACCACCUAUUUCACCAUUUAAGAAGGCUGAAAUGAAUGGGAGUCCAUCCAUUCAUGUUUGACAGUGUGUAUUUCAAACCACACCUUGAUUGUACUACUUAACGUCAUUGGUGUCCCUCCCAAAUCCCCAUGGGAAAGAAUGUCAGUCCUUUGAAAUUUUGCAAUUCAGGUUUGGAAUAUAGUGGUCUAAUCUCAUCAAAAUCUACACUACAUCUGCUACAUCGCACUAAAGAUCUAUCACCAACACAAACAGCUCCACCCGAGCUAUUGGACAACUCCCUCUCAGGCAAGGACGGUGCAUGUGCUCAUAGGACCUUUCCUAUUUGACUUUAGAUUUUUAAAAACAACAUGGUAAAUCCGUGACUACAACUUCUUGUGAGACACAAUCUAAAGAUGACAUCAAGCAUAAAAAAACAGAAGAGAGAGACGGACUGAGAAAAAGAGAAGUGAGAACGGAGAAUGUGGUCGGACCUGAUUCUGUUCUGGGCGUGUCAACCCUACCUUGUAGGCGAGGUAAGCCAGGAACCGCGUUUUAACGACGGGAGGCCCCGCAGGUCGCUCUAACCGAGAGGGCACAGAGCAGCGGCAGUCGAGAAACCUCCUGUACCUUCACUACUUGGAAAACCGGGACGGGACACAGACGAAAACCUCUGGAGGGAGGCCGGAACAGACACUCAAACCCAGAAUGGCGUCUACUGACCCGGAGCAAACCGAGGGGGAGAGGAUGUAUACUUCAUUUAACCCUCCGAAUGAACACUGUAGCGACGGGGAAAUGGCGCCUGUCGUCCACGGAAAGUUUUACAUUAAAGGUCAACUUGAAGCAAACACUCGUAAUGUGGGCUACCAGUCAGAUGCUGUUGUUUCAGGCCAGGAGAGGAUUAGAGGUCAGCGGGUCAGAGGCUCGGAGGAGAGCUGGCGGAGGCUGCAGCCCUUGGUGGAGUGUGGAGACGACGGCAUGACCCUCACUGUUAGGAGGAGGCAAGCUGUACAACUACUGCUGAACCGGGUGAAUGAGUCAUCUGUACCACUGUCCCAGCUUCCUCCUCAGUGUGGCUACUCUGUUGAGACCACAUGGAGAGACCUCAGUCUCAUGGCUCAGUAUGACGCCUGCCAUGUUCUGCAGGAGGAUGACAGCUAUGUGUUGCCCCUGCUGUGGAAGGGGGCUCCAGUCAAGAUGUCCUGCCCAGCCUCUCAGAUCCAGCCUCAGGUCGUGGGCCCAGACUCCCCACCCUCCCUCUGCUGCUCUCCGUACGGUAUGACCGUCAAAGUGCAGGGACUGUCUGCUACAGAGGAGCUGAGGGUAAAUGUCAGAGGAGAAUGGACCCCUUUGGUGCUGUUGGCUGAGCAGUGUGGCUACACUUUGGACAGACGAGAUUCAGAAAUUGUUAUCGCUGCUCCAUUUGUGACAUGUGACAUCACAGUAAAGGAUGGAAAAUACACACUUUCUCUUCAAAUAGGAGAGAAGACAUUCACAUUGGCCUGUCCUCUCUCUCUCCCUGAAGAACUCCCACUAACCCACCAGCCUCUGAUUGACAGACCUCAUCAUCUAAGCAGUGGGCCAACAGAGCAUAUGCCACAAUCCCUGGAGCCUUUUCCAUGGGCUCCACCUUUCUACCUGGCCCCGCCUUACUACCCCCACCCUACAUAUCACCGCAAAUAUCCUAGUCCCGGUGGACACGAUGCAUAUGACCUUCCUACUCCCUCAUCUUCAACUCCUGACCCGACAUUUGGCCCACAGCCUCUCCCUGUUGAUCCCCAGCCAGACUAUCAGGACUUCUACUCCCACCAGAUUCCUCGAGUGGAGUCUUAUAAACGUUUCACUGUCCACAGUUCGCUUUCAUCUGCAGAUGAUAUGGAGGAUUCACGUCGGGUGUAUCCAGGUCUGCAACAAAAGCAAGAAACUCCUGUCUUUGGUCUCUCUGAGAAGCACAGUCCUACACAGUCCUCAGAUACAGGCUUUCCCAUUCAAUUUGAAGCACCUCCUCCCCAGCCCCCCAGUCAUGCCUUCAAUCAAUAUUAUCACUACUACCAUCAUCCUAAAAUCCCUCUGCCUGGCCCACCCCAAGACCCUGAUCCAGGUCUUGAGGUUCCCUCUUUAACUAAUCCUCAUAAUCCUGAAUUUCCAGUGUUGCCCCGCAGCACCCAGCAGUCUAAGGCUAUCAGCAGAGUUAACUCAGACUGGUUCCUUCCGUCUGUGCCUGAAGCUGCCUCUCGUCCUUACACCCUUGCAACAAAUUCCCCUUCUACGGCUUAUCCUCCACAGCCCUAUCCAUACCACUACUUUGAUUACUUUCCACACAUUGCUAGGGGAGAGGCCAAAAGAUCGGCUCCUCUCAAUCCCGAUACAGCCGCAAAAGCAAAUUUGUCUUAUCAAAACGUAAAGUCAAGCCCCUUUGUUCAGCCACUUCCUCGCUCAUCAGUGGUUCAUGACAAAUACAACUUAAAUCCUUACAUGGAUCAGCCAAGGCAAGAUAAAAUGAUAAACUUUAAAAGAAAUGGACCAGAAUCAAUCAAACAGCCACUUUGGUCGGACGAUGAAGCAGAGCUGGAUUCCAAAAUAAGACACUCUGCUGUCCAGCCUUACCCUCCUGAACAAGACGUUGUUGCAGUUCCUCCUUCUAGCACUUUCCCUACUCCAUCACCCAACCAUAAUCCACCUCACCCCUACUUCUACUACCCUUAUCACCACUAUCAGAUGGAUUAUGGACCUGAGAGUUUACUCAGUGCUGACAAUCCUGUGCCUCCAACUUUAUCCGAAGAAGCUUUAGACCCUCUGCUUCAGGCGUUCUCCUCCCCACCACAGCAUCCGUUCUAUUACGUACCUCAAACUCCACUUACAAAAUCAAUGUAUGAUGUUUCCCAUGGCCCCCUACAUCCUUACCACCACUAUUACCACCUCUACUACCACCCUGACAUGUCUGUAGACAACCAAAAAGUACACCCUGCUGGCAGUAUGAACUCAAAAUCAGAAUCUCAGCUUCUCUCAGACUACAGCCAGAUGGAUCAGCUGGGUCAUGCUGCUGAGGCAGGAAAUCCCAGCAUCCCACAGUCGAGUCCCUUUCAUAGCCUCUAUUCCCAUUAUAUCACUCAGCAACAGCCAUUUGAUGCUUUUGGGCAGCCUGGUGGAGAAGAAGCAGAAGAGGGGCUGGAUAAUGAAAUGAAAGAUCACAUCAAGGCCAACCCGUACACUCCCUCUGCCUCACUCUGUGGCCUUGGCCUCAUGUCAGAUUUCGACUGCAGCUGUCCUUCAGGCUGCUGUUUGUACCAUGUGAAAGACUGUACAAUGGGACAGCAUUUAAUCUUUGCGAUGCCUGACUGUGUGGUGGAGCCCACAGUGGCCCCCCCAGCUCAUCCCUCUGAGGUCAAUAAUGCGUCCUGCACACUGCAGAGGCUGACCUCUGACCCCAACAUCUACACUGUCCCCCUAGAUGGCUGUGGAGUAAACAAACAUGCGUUUGGUCAGACAGUGGUUCAUCUGUUGGAAGUCCAUGGUAUCUAUUCUCUUCAAGACCACAGUUCUGUGUAUGAGAACUCUCCUGUCAGGUUGAUGGUUGAAUGUAGUUCGUCACCGGGGUCUCCAGGUGAAGUUAGACUCCAUGUGAUGGAUCAACCUCCUCCACCUCCCGUUCAGGCUACACCAGCCAUGGUCACUGUACAACUGAGAAUUGCCACAGAUGAGUCAUUCACCAGCUUCCACCCUGAGGCUCACCUACCUCUCAGCCACAUACAAGGCAGUCCAGUUUAUGUGGAGGUUUCCCUACUGGACCCCCCAGAGCCCAGCCUGGUGCUGCUGGUUCACUCCUGCCUGGCUUACACUCAAACUCCAUAUACCAGCUGGAUGCUGGUUUAUGAUGGCUGUCCCAGCAAGGGGGACGCACAACCACUUUCUUCCCCACGCUCUCUCCAUAUCCGGAGGAUCAUGAUUUCUACCUUCCUGUCUCUGCACGUAGAAAGUCCCUCUUACCCGGCUAAAGGAGCCUACUCUCACCUGGAGGACCCAGAGAUCUUCUUCAUGUGCUUGACAGAGGUGUGUUCUGCUGCAGAUGGUGACUGCACUGUAGGCUGCAUCAGCAGUAAGUUAAAUUACAAAGGAGAAACUGAGGAGUCGUCCAGUAGUUUAUCAGGAGGCUUCUUAUAUAUUCAUUAUAAUGUGAACACUUGUGGGUUCUAGACUAAACAGGAAAACGAUUGUCCCUAUACAUAAUGACAACCAACAAUUAAUCUGCGAUUAUACACUAAUGCUGCACUAAAGGAUUCCUUUUUAAAUACAUUGUUGCUAUAUAAUAUUCCUUCCCAUUACCCAGUUACGUCAUUAUAUUUCACUUUGCAUAAUUCUUUACAAACAACAUGGCCUGCUAAAAGCCAGUGACGCAAUAUACCUUUAAACUGAACAGAAUUAAGGCUAUGGGAAAAUCAAAUGAAACAUGUUUGUAUGAGUAAAAAUGUCUCAUCAGCUUUGCCCCCUCCCCCAUCACUUCAUUAACUUCUUUUUCCCUCAUAGGUCCCAACAGUGACAUGUGAGCAAUGAAUUAAAGACACACAUCUGCACUCUAUGUUUGUUUUGUGGAAAUAACCAGGACACAAGUCUUUGUGAAAAAGAGGGAAAUGUCCUCUGUUAAUAUUUAUUUAUUUUUUAAAAUGGUAAGCAAUAUAGUGCAACAUAAUAGUACAACUAUAUAGUGCAAUGAAAUAGUACUACAGAGAAUUCAAGCAAUUCUAGGCAUUCAGCUGUUUUCUUUUCAAACAAGACACUUGUACUUUUAUUUGGUCACAGAAGCUUUUGGCUGGAACAGGAACAUUAGGGACUGAAAAGGUUUAACUAUUGAGUCCAUUAAUGGCAAAGUGUUUCCCUCAGGUUCAAACCAGUGUUUACAGGAAAGCUCUAAAGCAACAACACUUGAAAUGUUUAUACAAUCAGUUUAAUAAAACCUGAUGGCUGAGUAAAGCAUGCAGAAUAUUUCUGUACCACUUAAGAAGAUGCAUGAAUAGAAAGAAAUGAACUGUAGUUUUUAUCUAAGUAUAGUAAAGGAA